AUGGACGCGUUUCUAGCGGCGCAUGCACCCAAUGCGCGUGUUGAUGGGCGACCUUGGAUCACGCUGACCUUUGCACAGUCUCGGGAUGGCAAAAUUGCCGGCGCACAGAAGCAACCACUACGUCUCAGCGGCCCCACGAGUAUGCAAAUGACACACAAACUGCGCGCUGCGCAUGAUGCCAUUCUUGUGGGCAUAGGUACGAUACUUAUGGAUAACCCACGUUUAAAUGUGCGUCUGGAUGGGUACCAAGGACCCUCGCCUCGGCCUGUGGUGCUGGAUAGCUACCUGCGAACACCACCCUCCUGCCGGCUGCUGCAAGUAGCUAGGCCCCUUCGCCCCCUCCUAAUCGCAGCUGAGCCUCGUGCAGAUGAGGCUGAUGCAUGGAAUGCUCGUCGCCAUGCUCUGGAGGCAGCGGGCGCACAUAUACGCACUGUGCCGCGGCAUGGUACGACGCUAGCCUGGGACGCGAUUCUCAAGGUUCUAGCCUCUGAAGGCGUACAUGCGCUUAUGGUUGAGGGCGGCUCAGGCGUUAUCGACAGUCUAUUGCAAAGUCGUGUCGUACCUGAUGUGGUGAUUGUUACCGUGUCGCCUCUCGUUGUGGGGGAGCUUGGCUAUGGGUAUACAACGCGGUUGUCGGAUCAGUCGGCCUGGCAGUCUGUUCAAACGCUUGCCCUAGAGCCUGAUACCAUAGUGGCAUGGAAGUACCAGCCCUAG